AUGACAACAAUUGAGUAUGGUGGAGGGCCAUCACUUGAGCAACGUCGGGCAUUUGCAAAUUUGGAAGAGGGGGGACAUGUGCCUGGAUAUAUGGGAUUUUGUCCACAAUUUAAAUAUAGAUAUGGUCAUACUUUUGGUAAAGAAACAUCAGAAAUAGCUAAAAAUCUACCAUAUUAUUUUGGGCCAAGAAUUCAAGGAUCACAUCAUUUUUACCCUGUUACUAGGGAGAAUAAUAAAUUUGAUCCAUUAAGAUCUAAGUUUAAUGAUGAUGUUCCUGGAAGAAUGUUACCAAAAUCAACAGGAGAUAAUAAAUAUACAGAAGGAAUGGUACCAGGAUAUUCUGGUAAUAUACCACAAAUGAAUUUUAAAUUUGGUCGAACAUAUCGUAAUCUAUCUGAUGAAUGCGUUGAUCAAUUAGUUAAAGAAUAUAAAUCUUCUGAGUUAAGACAAAACAGAUUGAAAGAAUCAUCCAACUGGAUGACUAAUCUUCAUCCUGUAACAUAUGAUCCUUUAGUUAAGAAUCAUUUAAAUAUAUGGACUGAUGAUAUGGUUAAGAAGAAUUCUGAUGUUCAUUCGUAUAUGAGUUCAACUGAACCACCUAUUCCAGGUUAUAAAGGUUUUAUACCUCGUAUGGAUACAACAGAAAGUGGUUUAGCUAAACGUUUUCAUGAAGCUGCUCAAAGUAGUUUAGAAACAUUUGGAGCUGAAUGUAAAAAUCAUUUUGAUCAUAUGGAUAUGCCGAUGACUAGAUUAGAUAUUUCAUCACGUCCACAUAGUUCAAUACCAUAUACACCAAAUAGUAAUUAUUAUAGUGCAAGAAUAUUUCAUCAAGAAGGUAUGAUCCCAGAUUAUGAAGGUCAUAUACAUGGUAAGUGAACUACUCUUAUUAUUAUUAUUUAGAUUAAAGUGAUGUAAUCUACUUGUUACUAUGGAACUUUUUUGUUUUUAUAUAAGUAACCAAAUGAUCCAAGCAUAUUAGGUAACCAUUUCAGUCAAGUAAACCUAAAAUGGUGAAAAACACUUGUCAGUUCUCUUGAACAUGUAGUGAACAAGAAUACAACUGUGGGGACAAUUGAAUGUAUUUAA